AUGUUUGCUGAAGCUAAGCCGUUUACCUUAAGGCCAAUAUUGACGUCAAACAUCGCUGGCGAUCAUCGUCUGAGGAGAAUCAUUAAUGAAUCUCUCGUUAGACUAGACGUGCUUUACCGAUCAUUAACGAAAAGCAGGGGAGGAUCAGGUUUCUUGCCCGCCAUAUUCCAAAUCGGGCCGACCCAUCGAAGAUAUAAGAAAUUAACGAGGCUUUCACCUCCAGAUCCGUUCAACUACGACCAUUCUGAGGAAGGCCUCUAUAAGCUCUUAAGACCCUCUAGCAGACACUAUUCGCAGAAUUUGAGAAUGAAUCGAGCAUUUGCUGCCGGGGGACAGAAUUCCGCUCUAGCUCACAAAGCCAAGUCAACUCAGCAGUGGCUGAGAAGAAAAGAACAAUCCAGAGUUCAUUUCAGCCUCGGAUUGGCCCUCAGGAAGUCCUGA